AUGCUGAUUUCCCAUUCUCGUGUGCGUCGUCUUUUCCCUCUUCUCUAUUCUCGAUUUUUUCAAUUGAUCGCCUUCGUCCUCUCCGUUUAUUUCUUCUACAAUGCGUAUCGGAAUCACACUGAGAAGCAAUGGAUCGAUCCCGAGUGUUUAUGCAAAGAUCAAGACGGAAAUGAGUACGAUUUUUGCUAUCAUUUACCUGAAAACGGGAAAAAAGGGAAACGAUUCGCGUGUGAUUAUGUGAAAGAUGUCAAGAGAUUAGGAUUGCUACCGGAUUAUCCAACAAUCGAUUUGACAAAGAGCCACGUUCCUGAACCAAUCUUUGUCACCGCAUUUUCAGAGAAUCAUUGGGAUGAAGCAAAGAGAUUGAUUGCCCUGAUUCGUCAACAUUGGCGUCAGCAAAAAGUUAUUAUCUAUGAUUUGGGGAUAACAAGUUCAACAGCCGCAGAAAUCAAUGGAUUUUGUAAUGUCGAACUUCGAAAAUUCCCAUUUGAUGUCUAUCCUCAAUAUGUUCGUCAGUUGGCUGAGUAUCGCUGGAAACCGAUUGUGAUCGCGGAAACAUUGAAAGAAUUCGGCGCCAUUUGGUAUAUGGACAGUUCAAUCACAUGGAGGAAACAGAAUUUAUCGCAUGUUUACGAUUUGUUAAACUGUCGGAGUAAAGUCGGUUUCGAGAAAACCCCAUUGCCAUCGAUUGCAGAGAGGGAUUCCCGAGAAAACACAACAAUUCACGAGUCGGGAUGGACACUCGACGUGUGGGAUGACAAUUUGAAAGCUUGUAGAAAGUCAGCUUACAUGUUCCACGGAUGGACUGGUCACGGGAUCUAUCCAGCUACAUCACAUCAUCUUUACGAAUGGAUUCCAACAAAUUUUGAUGAGAUUAUAAAGCCAAAAGCGAAAAUGUAUGAGGCGGGAUUUGUGUACGCGGUGAGAACAAAGGACACUGUCGAGAGGAUUAUGCGAUGGUAUGUCUUGUGCGCUUUAGAAGACAAUUGUAUGGCUCCAAGAGGGAUUCCUGGGAUCUCUCUUGGUUGUCAAUGGGGAGCCUCGAAAUUCUCUGACUACGCGAAUUGUCAUCGUUACGAUCAAUCAGUCGCCAAUUUAUUAGCGGCUAAUGGCUUUAACAAUAUCAUGAUGCGAGCUUUUUUCCUUUUGGCAUUGAUCUCAGUGGCUACAGCGUUGAAAUGUUACAAAGACAACAGUGGAGAUGAGCAUCAUUCAGGAAAUGAACGAGAAGUCUCAUGCUCUUGCGGGGAUUAUUGCAUCAAGUACUAUGCACAAGCAGCCAGUGUGAAAGCGGCAACGUGGGAUUGCGGAUGUGCGACACCGGCCGGGAUGAAAGUGAACAUGUGCACAAAAGAAGGCAAAUCGACGUAUGGAUCGAAUCCCGUGCUUGAAGUGAAUUGUUGUUCGGGCGAUUUGUGCAAUGGUUCCUCAACCGCUAAAUUCUCUUUCAUUACCGCUUUCGUCUCAUUUUUCCUUUACAUGAUCGCUAAA